CAAGCCCUGCGAAGAUGGCGACUUCAGGGAGGAGUGCAUUAUUAUCCUCCACCUCAACUGGACCUAAGAGCACACUGGAGAACUCAAACCCGGAGGAGGAUGACGGACAGAACCUGUGGUCCACCAUCCUGAGCGAAGUGUCAACCCAUUCAAGAUCAAAGCUACCGUCGGGGAAGAAUGUCCUGGUCAUGGGUGAGGUUGGCUCGGGGAAGACCACCUUGGUUGCAAAGAUGCAGGGGGUUGAAGAAUACAUGAAAGGGCGUGGCCUGGAAUACCUCUACUUCAGAGUCUACGACGAUGACAUUGAUGAUCACACUAGAUGUAAUGCUUGGGUGUUAGACGGAGACCUUUACCAUAAAGGUCUGCAGGGAGUAGCUGUACCAGUGGACUCCAUCGACAGCACGUUGCUGCUGAUAACGGUUGACAUGUCGCGGCCGUGGAACGCCCUGGACUCUCUUCAGAAGUGGGCCGCCGUUGCUAGGGAACACAUCGACAAACUCCGAGUCGCCCCGGAAAAGCUGCGGGAGCUGGAGCACAGACUUGUAAAACAGUUUCAAGAGUACACAGAGCCGGGCAGUGGGGAGGAUGGCACACCGCAGAGGAGGAGUGAAGAGGAAGAAAGCGUGCUGCUGCCGUUAGGGGACAACACACUUACGCACAACCUGGGAAUACCAAUGGUGGUCGUCUGCACUAAGUGUGAUGCUAUCAGCACAUUGGAGAAGGAGCACGACUACAGAGACGAACACCUGGACUUCAUCCAGUCCCACAUCAGACGUUUUUGUCUGCAGUAUGGCGCCUCUCUGCUUUAUACAUCAGUGAAGGAGAUUAAGAACCUGGACAUUUUGUAUAAGUAUCUGGUGCACAGACUCUACGGCUUCCCCUUUCACUGCCCCGCACAAGUGGUGGAAAGAGAUGCUGUUUUCAUCCCGUCAGGUUGGGACAAUGAGAAAAAGAUCGCCAUACUUCACGAGAACUUCCAGACAGUAAAAGCAGAAGACAGCUUUGAGGAAGUAAUAGUCAAGCCGCCGGUCAGAAAGAUUGUACAUGAAAAGGAGAUUCAAGCAGAGGAUGACCAAGUGUUUCUGGUAAAACUGCAGUCGCUGCUCGCCAAACAGCCCGCUGUGACAGCAGGGCGACCAGUGGACACCACUAGCAGAGCACCAACAGGCUCCCCGAGGACGAGUAAUCGCUCUGCGGCGGCGAAUGUAGCCAACGCCAUGCCUCAGUCGGGUCAGACCAGUGAGGGUGUGCUGGCCAACUUCUUCAACAGUCUACUGACAAAGAAGGCGGGGACAGGAGGGCCGGGGACACCAGGUGGCGGUAACAAUACUCCAGGAACUGUACGGAAGUCAGGUUCGAAGCUGGGCCUGAGCGACGUCCAGGCGGAGCUGGACCGCAUAUCCAGCCGGGAGACUGACUCAGACUUGCCCAAUGCCAACGACGCCCCUGCCACCGACGGCCAGGACACAUGAAGACCAACACGCUUCGCCCUGCUCUCCUCCUCCCCCCCCACCUCCCCGCUCCACCUCAGUCACCGUCCACCUCCCUUCAUCCCUCCACUCUCACCCUCCACUUCAUCAUAAAGAUGCAGGGGAAAGGGAGGGGGUGGACGUAAAGUUUUUUUUCCCCCACCCCUUCACCAUCGUCUUUCACUUUCUCCUCCAGGAGAAGAACUCUCCCUCUCUUCCCUUAUGCCUUCACCCGCACCUCGAUCCCACCCACCCUUCUUUUUCUUCCCGGCUGUUCCACCGAGGACAAGUAUUUGUCACUGUUACAUACAAGAGACUGUCUGUUACAUGAGAGUAUGUGGGUAAAGGGGAUGGGGGAGGACUUAUUGGGAGGGCGGGGGGGAGGUUGAAGGUUGGGAUGAGAAGAAGCGAAAGGUGGGUCGAUUGCAAGAAUGAAAGCGAGGGUGUUUUAUCCAUCCAUUUAUUGUGAUGGUACAGUUAGCGUUUUUACUGUAGGAAAUGCUGAGGGCGCAUGUUGAAGAAGCUGCACUUAGGUAACGUAGGGAUGACUGUGUGUGAUUGUGCGUUUAAUAUAUGCGGGGCAAGUCGCGCUUGACCAGAGGAUGAGAUUUGAGAACAAAAAAAAAAAAGAAAAAAAUGCCUGAAACAAAAAUUGCAAACAGUCUUGUUUUUUUUUUUAAGAUGAAGGAAAAACAGUAUUUGUGUGUGUGUGUGUGUGUGUGUGUGUUUGCGUGUGUGUGUGUGGACAAGAGCGCAAGAGUGAGGCAGACAGAAUAUUAAGGAAGUUAUUCCAACCGAGACCUGUUUGUUGAGAGAUUUUUGGCUGUUUGCAUUUCAACCAAAUGUCAAAAAAACAAAAACAAAAAAGACAUUACUAUGCUCUUACACUACAAAACUCACUUGGAACUCUUAAAACAGUGCAAACUGUAAUUACACGAACCAAAUGUGAUUAAAAGUAUGCUACAAAAUCGAAACUUCACACUUGUGCGCGUAGGUGCAUCAUGAUACCCGGUUCUGCGAUUGGCCAAACCGCCCCUCGAGGUGCUACGUACAGUACAAACCUGUAGAUAACUGACACUGAAAAAGGGAGGGUUGUUAGAGGGUGGGUGGGUAGCUGAGCUUUACUUGUACAGAAAGAAGCACUAGUGAUUCCAUAGUUACUGCUGGCAGGGUGGUAGUUGAAGGGAGGGGGGGGGAGAAAGGGGGUCAGAACAUGGGAGGGUCACAUCAAGAAUGUACAGUCAUUGUCUAGCUGAUUGGUCCUGUUAUUUCAGAGCUCUGUGUUGGCGUUUGUAUAAUCAGAUCUGUCAAUCAGUCAAAUAAAAGGUGUAUUUAUUCGGAUUCAUCUA